AUAUCUGUCUUACCAAAGGCGGCGGUGGUGCGAACAGAACGCGCUCGUACCCGGGGCAGCGCCGGCGGAGGAGUUCCUCGUGGUAGCCCACAGCGCGCCCUUACGUUUACCGCGGCAGCAAGGGUGGUAAGCAAAGAACACAGCGAAGUCCUGUCGACGAUGGAGGCGACGCUGCUCCCGCCGGCGGGCAAAGCCGCCGACCCCUACGCGUGCAUCGGCACGAAGAACGCCAAGCACGUCCAGAACUGCCUCGAGCUGUACAUGAACGACCGGGGCAUCGACUACCUCCCCGAGGGCGUCUUCGAGCGCUUCAUCGACCUGAAGUAUCUGUGGCUCAUGCGCAACAACCUCGCCAAGCUGGAAAAUUUAGACGAGAACUUUCGCCUGCACUGCCUCUAUCUCUCCAAGAAUCGCCUCACGACCUUCGUCGACUCGUCGCUCGCGAAACUCAAGAACCUCGAGGAGCUCCACGCGAGCGACAACCAGCUGACGGACCUGCACGAGCACAUCGAGGUGCUGAAGAAGUUGCGUCGUUUGAAACGCCUCGACCUCAAGGGCAACCCGCUGGCCCACGAGACGAAGUACCGGCUGCACGUGAUCAAGCACAUGCCCUGGCUGGAGGAGCUCGACCUGGUGACGGUGACGGACGCCGAGCGCGCCAAGGCGCGGCGCGUGACGCGGCCGACGUUCGACGCGACGCAGCCGCCGCCCCCGCAACUCACGGAAGAGGAGCGGCGCGCCGCGGCCGAGCGCGAGCGCGAGCGCGCGGAGAAGGCCGAAAGGCGGGCGGCCCGCGCGCUCGCGCCGAUCAAGCGCCGCGUGCUCGAGAAGCGGAUCCUGCUGCGACCGCACUGGGCCGAGGACGAUCGAAGGAAGCGCGGGCUUAUCAAUCGGGCCAAGUUCGAGCAAGUCCUCCGCAUCUACGCGCUGUGGCCCGAGCGGGACCGGGACGUCAAGGCCCUCGUGGCGACCUAUGCGGCCGGCGACGACGACAUGGAAUACGUGCGGUUCUGCAAGGACGUCGAGCCGCGCGGCCACCGGGGCCGCGACCCCUACAUCCGGGAGCUGCUCGAGGCGGAGGCGAACGCGAGGCCGUGCCCCGAGGUCUCGGUGUGCAUGCGCAUGGCGCUGAACAAGGCCGCCAAGAUUCGGCGGCGCCGCGCGGAGGCCGAGGAGGCGGCGAAGCUGGCGCUCCUGGGGCAGGGCCCGGCCGUCGCGGCGACCGAGCCCGGCGCGCCAGUGCGGGGGACGGCGCGGCCGCCCUGCGACGUCUUCACGCAGUUCGUCUACCCCGAGGCG